ACUAGAUCUGUUGUAUGUGAUUCCAGCAGGCGACGCAGGAUGACUACUACCUUACCGCUGGUGGUUUUGUGCGCUUUGGUGGCGUCAGUGGGGGCGUCUAAGAGUGAGCGGGCGGUGCUGCUCCCCUGCGACUCCGGCCAGUACACCAGCGACGGAGAAUGCUGCAGGGAGUGUCCACCUGGAGAGGGAGUGGUGAAGAAGUGUGGUGCUACUCAGACCGUCUGCGCCCAGUGUUUGGACAGUGAGACCUUCUCAGAGAACUACAGUCACACAGAGGAGUGCAGGCCAUGCACACAAUGUACUGGCUUGAUGCGGUUGGAGACGCCCUGCACCGACUCCAACGACGCCACCUGCAUCUGCAACUACAACUUCUUCUUCAACACAAUAUCUGGCCACUGCGAGCCCUGUACAGUUUGCCCGGUAGGACAGGGGGUGUAUUCUCACUGCGACCACGAUCACGACACGGUGUGUGAGGAGUGUUUGGACGAUACCUUCUCUGACCGGGAAAGCUCCCUCGAACCCUGCCUGCCCUGCGCCAUCUGUGAUGAAGAAACUGAGACACAGCUGGCUUUGUGCACGCCGACCCACGACUCUGUCUGUCAUAAUCCUAACCUACCUACGGAUAUUAUUCCCACCUCUGAUAUGGACCCGUCUCCACCCUCCUUCACCAACUAUUUCCCCCCGGAUGGCUCAGAGAGCCCGUUGCCAGGUGGAGAGACGACUACAUCAAGCGCUGGCUCUCCUCGCUUCCUCGGCCAUGGCCUCAACGAAAACCUCAUCCCUAUCUACUGCUCCAUCCUGGCUGCUGUGGUGGUGGGCUUGGUGGCUUAUAUUGUUUUUAAGAGGUGGAACAGCUGCAAGCAGAACAAGCAGGCAGCUAAUAACCGUGCGGCUACGAACAACCAGAUGGUGACGCCGGAGGGAGAGAAGCUGCACAGCGACAGCGGCAUCUCGGUGGACAGCCAGAGUCUGCAGGAGCAGCAGCAGCAGCAGCAGAAGCAGCAGCAGCAGCAGCAGCAGCAGCAGGCCCAGGCUGAAGUCCAGGCUCAGCCCUCACACUCACACACACAGGAACAGAUAGUGGUGAGGGUGGAUGGUGGACCCCAGCCUGACUCGCCUCCCCCUGAAGUCUGAGGAGGUAGAGGAGGAGGAAGAGGAGGCGUCAGAGCUGAAGACAGGGGGGAGGAGAGCGGGGACCUGGACUGUCGACCAAAAAGAAAGCAGGGGGGCGACACACAGAGAAUGUAAAACUGACUCUGAUUCAUAUCUGAAGUGGCCACAGAGCAAAGACUUGGCUUGCAUCGACCUUCCAGCACCUUUGGGCUACAGUCUGACUCUUCAUCCCUGCAUAGAGAGUCCAGCUCUAUCUAUCAGUGUGCCUGGACAAAACCUCUAAGGCAAUAUCAGUUACCAUCCAUACCAAUGUCCCCGCAGAUUCAUUAUCACAUCUCACAUAUAAACUGAAUAUUCCAGUAUUUAAUGUUGACAUAUGACAUCAUUUUCAGUAACUGCCAGUUUAUCAUCCACCCCUUUCCAAGCUUUCCAUUUUCCCUCUAAUUCCACGUUCACUUGCCAGGAAAUGUAUGUGCCUGAAAGGUAAAUAGGCCGAAAUGUACUCCAUUAUCUCCUCUUUCUUUUCCCUGUGCAUCAAAGUGACCGGGGCAUCCUUUUUCCUCUCGCAUCUUCCUCUGUGGCAUCCCACUCUCAGAUAAUCCUCUCUCCAUAGGAUUCACUCUAUUAGACCCCCACCGUCGUCGGCGAUAUAAAAAGCAGCGGGGGAGCCGUGAGUCACUCCAAACUUCUUCCGGAGUUUCUUGUCCCUUUAUCACUUAACCACAGACGCGUUUCAUGGCGGGCCGUCACGAUGUACAAUGUUUGCGUCAUUGUUUGAGAUCGGCUGCACCGACUGAUGCAAGUGACUCACAUUUGGGGAGAAAGGUCAAUUACUGUGUGGCCCGCUCAGUAAUCAACCGUUUUUCCUCAACGAGAUGCUUCCCCCUGCACUCCGCAGUCUCUAGCCCCUCCUGUGACAUGGACCCUGCCACAGCGCCUCCAGGGUUUGUGUUUCAGUAAUUUCAUGCUCAUAAUGUAACACGCCCAAAUGUUUGUCUCCUGUUUGUGGUGCAUUUCUUUCAUUUUGUGGCUUGAGUUACAUGGCCGAUUCAGCAGGGUGCCUCCAGGGUUCUCUGUGGAGCCUGGACGUGCAACACGAGAGAGACAUGUCUGGACCGUGGAGCUCUGCUGACUCACUGCGACGAGUAGACACGUCUGAGGGGAGGCGAAGCUGUCUGAUGAGCGGGAAGAAUGGAGCUGUGACGUCAUCAGUGACCCAGCAUGCAGCGCUGCUCAUGAAACUGAUCCUUUAAUAAACCUGAGAAUGAAAAAAUGCGCAAACAGGAAUCCCAUCUAUCAUGAUUUACAUUUACUGAGUGGAAAAGUGGGGCACCCUUCAGUGGCUAACACUCUCUUUACCCACCCACCGCCUCCAUCUCCACAUUCUCACUCUUGCAAUCUCGCGUACAGCUCUGCCUGCACUGUAGAGCCUGACAAACAGCGUUGGGGCGCGAACGCGCCGUCGUUGGCGCUCGUGUCAACAUGGGGCCCAUUAGAGCGACUUCCUGACAGGCAGGUAGUAAUUACCUCAGGGUUUCAGCUUCAUUUAGCCUCUGCUCCACUCAGAUCAGCCAUCUCUCUUCUGGAUUAAUGCUGCGGACAACAGAGGGGCGACACAGCCCACUUUGAAGCCUCGAUGUGAAAUUACAGAUCCCUUAUCCAAGUCCAAGACCGCUGACAUUUACUGUAUCACCAUGGUGAUAUAUAAAAACACUUAGUCCGGGCUCACUUCUAAUACUGGGUGGCACCUUUUAUUACACAGGACCACUUUUAUGUUGCCCCCACUCGCUGCUUGCAGUAACUCUAAAAGCAGUCGACAUAGAUUGUAAAAGAAGUAUACUGUGGCUGAGCUCCACCGUGCUACUUUAGUGUUCGUUCCUACAGGGGCACGUACCUUCUCAGGGGCCCUCUUGUUGUGGUAAGACUAAAAAUGGUCAAGAGACCCUUUGAGGAUUUCUGUAAACAGUUUGUAGACGAUUCUGUAGAUGUACGAUAGAGCAGGUAGGUAGGCAGGUAUAGAGCAGCUGUUAGGUUCAAAAAAGGAGAAAUAAGAUGUGUUUCCUGGUCAGCAGAGCUUGUAGAGUUUAGAGAGCAACAGCUAGAUAAGAGAUGUCAGACAAAGAGGGGAAGACAGAGGAUGUGAGUCAUUAUAUCCUGUGCAACUGCUGCAUGGAUCGGUCACAUGGUCGCCAACACCUCACGACAAUUACACUUUCUCGUCUCUUCACAUGUGAUUCAUUCUGUAUCACUGCAGCGAUAUGAAUGGAAACAAAAAGACUCCGCUGUGUUUUGCUCCCAGUCCCUGGGCAUGUGGUGUGGACAUGUGACCACAGACAGACACACAAACACACACACAGCGACAGAGGAUGAUUCACUCCUCCAUUGAGAGAGCUGGUAUGAUUCAUUUUGAUCCUAGCCAUGGCAGUGACAUUAAAGCAGACUCCGCUGCAGCAUGACUGACCAGAGUGUUGAUUUAAAGGGGAAAAAAGUAGAAGAAACCCCCCCCCCCAACAUACUCCUUGACUCCCUCUGCCCCUGAGGCCCAAUCAGCCCUCCAGCAGCGCACUCAAUUACCCUGAACCGACUUAUUCUCUUUCUAGCAGCUUGUGAAGUGAGACACACAAUGUAAGAAUGUACAACCCGAAUAUGAACAGAAAAAUAUGCAAGACACAUUCAAGGAUAAGGUUUAAGUUUUCCCUCAUUCUGUUACUGUAAAUUGUUUUUGUCUUUACACUUUCCUGUUUGUUUAUAUUAUGAAUAGUAUUACACUUUUGGAAUCACUAUUUUUUCUAAGAUAUGUUAUUUUGUAGCACUUAUUAGAUGUAAUAUGAAUUCACUCAGAGAGUGUACCACAGUUCAAGUGCCUGUGUACAGUGUUGGGUCUGUAAGUUCAGGAGUUUGACUGUAUUUUUGGCAUUUUUUUCCACUUACUUUGUGUUUUUUUUGGUGCAUUUCUUUUGUUAUUUUGAGAGUUAAUCAAGGUUUUUAGUAAAAAGAAGUCAAAGCUAUAGUUGAACCUUGGAGAAGCAAACAAACUGUAUAAACCUGGCAGCAACGUAGAGAGACUUACAGUACAAACAGGUUGCCAAUGAACUCACACUGUAUGUUAACAUGCUAUAAAUGCUGGCAACUAAAAGGGUCAUGUAGCAUUAUGAACACAUUUACAUGUCACCUUAGACUUCUGCUCUAAAACUCACAUAUGCUAAUAGUCAAUAGAAAUCAGCUCUACUGUGCAGAUGUUUUGCAUGUACAGUAAGUUUCAUCAUGUACCUCCAUCUCAGCGGUGACAGGACAGUAAAUUGAAAUCUAAGGGGAGGUUCACUGUGAUUCUCUGUGACAUUAUCACUACAAGCUGGAUACAGGUAGAUCAGGGCCUGCUCCCGAAAAAGCUGAAGGACACAUGUACUUACCUACUAAUGUAAAAUGCAUUGUGUAAAUGUGAAUUUCUUAGAGUUGAUACAAGAUACAGAAAUAAACUAUAAAAUGUACAAAAAC